AUGCCUUUGACUCAACUGCCGAAUAACAACUCUACACCAUCAUCAUCGGUUUCUUCGGGAUCAUCAUUGCAGAGGUCUUCCACCAUUGGAGCGAAUACCAUCAUGAAUGCCACUACGGGACCUUACGGAUCUGCUUCCACGAGUGCUUUAAAUGUUGGUAGAAAUUUAUCAACAGCCUCUACUGCUACUCCUUCUCGGAAAGUAUCUCAGCCUCCUGUAACGAAUAAUACAAUGAUUUCUCUUGGAGUGUCUCCACCAUCAUUGAGUUCAUCAAUUUCUACAAACACGAAUCAUCAUGUGCAAAAUAAUAAUAAUCAAAUUAAUACCUUUUCUUCAACAACAAGUGGUACACCCUCAUCAUCCUCUCACUACACAAGUAAAGAAUAUGAACAAGUGAAUCAAGUAUUUGAUGGCCUCUCCAUGAGUAUUCAUCAAUUGUAUCAUCAAUUAAAACAAACACAGGAUAGUAUUCGGAAAAUAUCAGAGACUCAGCAAUUACAGUUGGACUCAGCUUCUGUCCACAGUCAACGUAUUCUCGAGAGGCAGUAUGGUGAAGAUCAGCAAAAACAAGAAUCUCUCACACUUGAGGAGGUGACAAGUGGAGUUCAUGAAGAUCAAGUUGUGAACAACGCCGCGGCUACUCAGCUAAACUCAUCAUCAGCAACAAUUCCAUCGGUAAUGUCAUCGGUCAUGACGAACACAACAUCUUCGACUGCCGUUAAUAAUAGUAUUGCAACUUCAGCACUUGAACAACGUUCGUUCCUAAAGAAUGUCUCUGCCGAUGUCUCUUCGUCAUCACUUCAUGACACUACGAUAUUUUCAGAGCUGCAAUCAGAGUUAACGUUGAAAAACGAAGAAAAUGCGACUUUAAAACUGAGAAUUCAAGAGUUACAACAUCAAAUAGAAACACUCCAAAAACGAGUGGCUUCUAGUACCUAUAUCAUUGAGCCAGUUUCAAAACCGCUUGCGCAUGAGUCCUCGCUCCAUGAUGAAGAUUCAACUGAGUCCUUGAAGGAACAACUUGCAACACAAAAAGAAAUUAAUAGAAUUCAAUCUGUAAAAAUUACCAAUUACGAGUCAGCUAUCAAAUUAAUACUUUCAAGAUCUCACGACAAAAUGGAAGAACUCAAGCGGGAAAAUAAUACCAUGACAGAAUUAAUGAAAAAAGAAAAUCAAACGUUACAAGCUUUAAAUUCCAAGCUUUUAAAUCAAAACAUUGUGUUAAAAUCAAGACUUUUGGAGGUUAUGGAUGUGCUGCGAGAUGCUGCACGACAACGAGAUCUUGAGCUUAUUCAAAACGAAAGUGUGUUAGAUUCUUACAUGACUGAAAGAGAAUUAUUGCUAUCAUUGCUAAAGAUUUCUGAGGAAAAUGGGAACCACACCUCGAAUUAG